AUGAAAAGGUCAAUAACAAUACUAUUAAUAAUUGUAAUAUUAUUACAUUGCUAUUUAAUGAAAAAGUAUGUUAAAUCUGGAAAAGAGGGAGAAUAUUUAAGUAACGAUUCAUUAGAAGAAAUUAGUGGUAUAAUUAAGAAAGGUCAUUCAGUGUUAUAUAGAACUGGUGUUGGUUAUUUAUCAUUAGUAUUAGAUUCAAAUUCAAAUCAAAAUGGUUUAGUUUCUAUACACCUUUCACAAGGUUCAAUUGAACCAUUAUCAUUUUUAGAUUUUUUUAGUAAACCAUUAAAUGAUGGGAAAACAAAUGGAAAUCUAUCUAGUGGUAGUGGUUUUUAUUUUCUAGUUUCAACAGAUUCAAUUGAACCAAUUAAAUACUAUAUUAAAUUAUCAUUACAAUAUUCAGAUUCUUAUGUUUUAAAUACCUUUUUUAAUUGUUGUUUAGUUUUAUUAUCUUUAAUAAUUUCAAUACUUUUAAUUGUAUUUUUUAAUAAGAAAUUAAAUAAACCAAAAAUAUCCUAA